AAAGUGUGUCUUGUGGUUACUAAUGUGAACUGUGGACUAUGGAUAUAGUGCUGAGAAAAUGAAUUGCAAAGAAAUCAAUAUGAAGACUAUGAAAACAUUCUUCAGCGUUGCCACAAAUCUAUGAAAUUAUAAAAACAGAGACCAUUUGUCAAAACAAUGGGGGAAAGAAGUUCAGAUACUGAUCAAGAAAGAAAAACAAACAAACAACAUUUUUCUUGUUAUUCAUCUGAUUUUGGAACUACACCACAAUCUUCUGGCCAGUCAUCACCAGUCAGUCCUCCUUCACCUACAAAUCCUAAGGGAAAAAGUCCUAAAAGACAAGUACCAGGUAACAAAGUGCUUUACCAAGUUCCUAGGAGAACAAGCCCUAAGGGUCUGCCAAACAAGGGAAACCGAGUGGGAUUUCGUUCCCAAAGCCUCAAUAGAGAGCCACUUCGGAAAGAUGCUGAUCUUGUUACAAAACGGGUUCUUUCUGCAAGACUGCUAAAAAUCAAUGAGUUGCAGAAUGAAGUAUCUGAACUGCAGAUCAAGUUAGCUGAACUGCUGAAAGAAAAUAAGGCUUUGAAAAGGCUUCAGUACAGACAGGAGAAAGCCCUGAAUAAGUUUGAAGAUGCAGAAAAUGAGAUCUCACAACUUAUACUUCGUCAUAACAAUGAGAUUACAGCACUCAAAGAACGCUUAAGAAAAUCUCAAGAGAGAGAACGGGCGACUGAGAAAAGGGUGAAAGAUACAGAAGGUGAACUGUUUAGGACAAAAUUUUCCUUACAGAAACUGAAAAAGAUCUCUGAAGCUAGACACCUACCUGAGCGAGAUGAUUUGGCGAAGAAACUAGUUUCAGCAGAGUUAAAAUUAGAUGACACUGAGAGAAGAAUUAAGGAACUAUCAAAAAACCUUGAACUGAGUACUAACAGUUUUCAGCGACAGUUGCUUGCUGAAAGGAAAAGGGCAUAUGAGGCCCAUGAUGAAAACAAAGUUCUUCAAAAGGAGCUACAACAACUAUAUCACAAAUUAAAAGAAAAGGAGAGGGAACUGGAUAUAAAAAACAUAUAUUCUAAUCGUCUGCCAAAGUCUUCUCCAAAAAAAGAAAAAGAAGUUAUAUCAAGAAAAAAUGCUGCCUGUCAGAGUGAAUUUACAGACCUAUGUACAAAAGGAGUACAAACCACUGAGGAUUUUGAACUGGAAGAACUUUCUAUAAUACCACAGACAAUUUCAUGUUAUGAAAACAAAUGGGAAGAUCUAGAACAUCUUACUUCGGACCUGGAAUCUCAAGAGCAAGAUGGGCAUGAAGAAGAAGGGAUUGUGAAUUCAAGUGUGGACAAAGAAGGAAACUCCAUUAAAGACCAAGAACUGCAUGUUGUAAAACAGGAGCUUGAAAAGCUGGAGCAUGAAUUGGAAAGAGAAGAACUAGAUAAAAAGCAAAAAGAAAAGGGAUCUUUACUAGAAAGAGAAGAAAAGCUGGAGUUGGAAACUGGAAGGUACCAUGUGGAUAUGUAUCAAAAUCAAAACAUUGGUAAAUUGGAAGAAGAGGAAGAAGAAAGACUAAAGAGAGAAAUGCUACUUGCUAAACUGAAUGAAAUCAACAAAGAACUCCAAGAUUCUCGGAAUCUAAAAUGUCCUCCUUUGCCAUUGCUACCUGAUUUUGAAUCAAAACUGCACUCUCUUCAGAGAAGCCCUAAAACAUACAGGUUCUCUGAAUCCUCAGAGAGAUCAUUUAAUGGACAUCAUUUGCAAGACAUUGGUUGUUUUGCUCCAAAAGGAGAAGGUCAGAAUCCAGGAAAUAUUAGAAGUCCAAUCUCUCCAAAUGAGUUUGCAUUUGGUAACUAUGUGCCUUCAUUUGCAAAGACAUCAGAGAAGUCAAAUCCAUUUAGCCAAAAAAGUGGCCUUUUAGAUUUCCAAAAACAUAGUAUGGAAACCCUUAGUAAAGACAGUGUAGAUUUAAUUGCAAGAAAGGAGAAAAAAGCUAGCCUGAUGGAACAGCUGUUUGGUACCAGUGGCAGCAGCACCAUUUCCUCUAGAAGUAGUGACCCAAAUUCUCUGGCUGCCAGUAAAGUAGACUUUGACCCUCGAAGUUUUCUCCCUGGGGAUAAAAGCAGCAGGGUUAGAGAGCCUGAUGAAGAUGAAGACUUUUUCCUUGGAGAAGGAAGAAAUUUUAAUCCAAACAGACACCGAUUGAAACAUGCAAACAAACCAGCAGUGAAAGCAGUUGAUUCUGUAGAAGAUGAAAUCGAAGAAGUGGCACUGAGAUGA